GUGCCGGAAAAGGGGGUUGUUAGAAAAUACGGCUCAGUUAUUUUCCAAAGAUCUAUGGCGUAAGAUAGGAGAAGAAUUGUGGGAGAGCGUUCAGACAGAGCAUAAAGGAGCGAAGGAAUUAACACGCACUUACCGCUCCAUUAAGCUCAUGAUUGAUCAAAUGCAUGCAGAGGCGGAAAUCGCAGCUGCGUCGAAGGGUGCCUUGAGUGAGAGUACGAAAAACUCGGACUUGGGGGAAACGGAUUUAAUCGAGUGGGGCCCCCUCCCUGAUCCAGUGCCCCCCCGUACCUCCCCUGAAAAAACAAAAAUUGCUGCACCAGUGCAUAAGAAGGGGGAGUUUGAUGACUUAAUUAUCCCCUGGGACCCCUCAGAUGAGUUGCCCACGCAACCAUCUGCACCCCCUGAGCCAGAACCUAUGGAGGUACUGCCCGAAAAUGUACCCUUGCCGUCUGACGAACUACAAAAAGAAUCGCCUUAUGCUGAACUUGUGAAAGAACUAAGGCAACAGCGCCACCAAAUGGCAAGGUUAAUGAUAGCUGUGAAAAAUUUAGACAAGGAUGGUGAUACGGGUAAAAAGAAAGAAAUGUAUAAAAAAGCCAUGGAGGCAAUUAAAGAAGGAAUCAAGAAUAUUGAAAGACAGUUGGACCAAAAGGAGAAAUUAGACGCCGGGGGACGAGAAGGCAUCAAGAGGGCAAUUAGACAGGGAGAGCUAACGAUUAAAGAAGGUCAUGAAAAAAUAAAACGCUUGUAUGGAGCAGGGGAAGGAUUAACAGAAAAAGAAAAAAGAGACUUACAGGAUGAUUUAGAUGAAGGAAUGUUAGAGGAUGAGAGGGCAAAGAGGUAUAUCCCUAAAAGAGUAAACGAAUAUAUCCCUACAGAUCAUUCUUUUGACAUGGGGCGGAGAUGGAAAGGAGUUAUCACACAAGCUAAUUUGAAUGGGGAGGUUACUUUAGAACUAUUAAUAUCUGCUCCAGUACGGGUUACACAGAAUGGAGCAGAAUGGACACCUUUAGACUGGAAUUUGGUCUCAAAAUUACAACAAAGUGUUAUGGCCUACGGAGCCACUAAUUCGGCUGUACGAAGACAGAUGACAGCCUUUAUGAAAUACCAGGAGCUUGUUCCUGCCGAUAUUAGAUUGCUUAUGGAAACUCUCCUAGGGGCUACGGCUUUUACAAUGUUUCUGGUAAAGUGGCAGGAACGCUUAGAGCUAAAACAACUAGAGUUUAAGGCUGAAGACUCCAACCUGCUCGAGAUUAAGACUGGAGACUCCAACCUACUAGAAUUUAAGGCUGAAGAUGCCAACCUACUACAGACAGCAACAGAGACAGAGGUUAAUGAGGUGCUGAGGAGUACAAGCCCUGAGAAAAAUGAAGCAUUAGAAGCCCAGCAACAGAUGUCCUUGUUUCAGAACCGUAUCAGAGAGCAAAAUGCACAUUUGGAGAUGCUGCGUGAGAAAGCACAUGACCUGGAAGUACAGCUUGAGUCUUCUCAAAAGAAUGCCAAAGAUAAAGAAAAUACAUUUGCCCAAAUGGAAGAGAAUAUGGAAGAUACAAUUCAACAGCUAUGCGAAAGCACGGAAGAAAAAGAACAAGAUGUUAAAAGUCUCCAAGAUCUAGUGGCAUCAGAAAGGUUGUCUGUAUUACAAUGUGCCCUUUCUGUCCGGGACUCAGAAAUAAGAGAAUUGAAAAAUGAAAUAGCUUUAUGCAAAAUGAAAGAACAACAACAUGUUGAAGAACUGACAAUCAGCCAUGAGAAGGAUAUUUGCAGACAGUUGGAGAACUUGAGGGCUGAGCUGGAGAAGUGCCACAGAAGGGAAAUUGCAGAAGCCAGGCAGGUAUAUGAAGAAGAAAUGGUUUUGAAAUAUAAGAAUGAACUUGAAGAGCUAAAAAGAGAGCUCUGUGCUCUGAAUUCUGAAGAGCAUGUUCAGACUUUGAAUGGCAUAAUAAUUGACUUAAAUAAGAGUCUUCAUGAGUCUGAAGUUAAUAAAGAAUCUUUGAGGAAGAGACUUGAGAACCAACAGGAAGACUUUGAGAGAGAAAAAUCUGAAAUUGAAACUAAAUACAAGGGUUUGAUUGAUGGGCUUAAGUUGCAACUUUCUGAUGCAGAAGAGCAGCUCAAGGAAGCUGAGCAAUAUAAACAAGUAAAACAGUCCUCACGUGGAAAGAUUCAGAAACUGAAUUAUCUCGUCAAGGAAUUAAAUGAGAAGCAACUUUAUGAGGCUAAAGCCACUACAGAUGUAAGGCAAAAGCCUGAUGAAGACAAUGUCUCCAAUAAAAAGGUAAUGACUUUGAGGGAAAACCAGAUUUUACCAGAGAUGAGAGCAGAAUUUGAUGCGAUGUGGAAUGAGCCACACCAGUUGACAGGUGAAGAUGAGCUAGUUCAUGAAGAACUAGAGUUCCAGUAUGGCUUUGGAGUAGGCUCCUCAAGGGAUCCAUUAGCAGAAAUCAAGAAUUCAGAGGUCACAGAGAAUAAUGAAAACGGUGAAGGUGAUGACUCUCUUAAAGUAAUUGAGACAAAAAUUGAGCAACAACAGGUUUAUAGAUAUGACCCUGAAUAUCCAGUUAUGGUUUUGGUUUAUGGAUCACAGCAAUACAGAUCUGCUAUUAUAGCGCAACAAAUUGAAAAACACUUAGCGAUCCUAGAAUGGGUUUUCCCAUCGUAUCAGCCUUCUGCAUCUGUUACCACGCUCCAGGAUUAUAUUGGGUCCCUAUUGUUAAAAGCCAAAGAACGUGUCAGGUUGGUGUUUGGUGUUGAUCCUUCUGUAUUUGUACUACCUUGGAAAACUACUGAUUUAAUCCAAGAAUGGUCAUUAUGUUCUAUGACCUUUGCUCUUGCAGUUAAUGGGGUACAAUUGUCAACACAUUAUCCCUCUCAUCCGCUGUUUCAAACAACCUCUAUUAUAAUGAGAGGGCCUAUUGUGAAACAAAAACCUAUAUCAAAUGCACUUACUGUAUUCACUGAUGCCAGUGGACGUACUGGGAAAUAUGGCUUCGCAUGGCAAGACAAUCAAAAUUGGAAACUAAAGAUAUGGACUGACACAGGACAAUCAGUGCAAAUCUUAGAACUACAAGCCAUUGUUGAAACCUUAAAUUGGUUUUCCUCACAAGCCUUAAAUAUUGUAUCCGAUUCAGCAUAUGCAGUCAGUGUAGUCAAUCGUAUUGACUGUGCAAAAAUAGGUAAAAUUGGAACAUUGGAAAUUGAAGAAUUGGUAAUUCGCCUAAAGGGUAUAAUUCAAGAACGUAAGGAGCCCAUCUGGUGCUGCCACAUGCGAAGUCAUACCAACUUACCUGGUAUCUUUUCCCAGGGUAAUGCUGUAAGAAACGAGAGGACAGCAGACGGUGUCUUAAUAAACUAUUUGUGGAAUCUAGCUAGGGAACUUUUGGAAGAAAAACGAAAUGAAGAUAUUAGGUCUGGCAGCACCUGUGGUUCUGAUGGAACAGGGAAGUAUGAUGUCGCAUAACAUGGAUCAUCGGCAAAACAUGUGGGUAACAUGGGUUAAUGAGAUAGGGCAGGAUUCCUUUUGUUUAUCUAUAGCAACCCCAUCUGAUCCAUUUCGAACAUGUUUGAUUGGAGUCCCUCUGGUAUCUCACAAGACCUUUAUAGAUAUGGCUGACCACUUCUUCCAACACAGGCUGGCCACCUGUGUUGGAACGAGUGUGCAUUUUAGUCAGUAUAAAAGCCCAAGCCUCACGUGAUGUGAGGGAGGCAGAG